AUGCACACACACACACACUUCAAUCUUUACCAGAAAAUAAACGACAAAAUUUUUCUUAAAUCCCUUUUCUAAGAUUUGCUUCUUCUCCCCCUUGGCUCUGAAUCUAUUUUGGAGUUCGAUCAAACUUGGGUUUCGAUUAUAAUAAUGGAAGGAUCUUCAAUUCAACCACCCCCCAGAACUUGUGUUCCCGCUAAUGGUUCUUCAUCGUCAUCUUCUCCUCCUCCUCCUACUUCUUCUUCUCAGGUUAAAGAACAAGAAUCUCCUACUGAAGGUGAUGAUGGUGUCUCCAGAUCUCAACCAAGUACUGGAAGCCAAUUGGAUGUUGCAAUCCAAAUACCACCAAAAGGAGCUAUGCCCACUUUAGGAAUCUUGCGUAAUUUGAGUCUUAAAAGGAAAUCUUCUCUACCAAACUAUGAGAGAAGACUGUUACUAAGUCCUAAUGUUUCAGAAACCAGCAGUGAAAAGCCUCUUGUUGCUAGUUCCAUCACUUCGCCUUAUUGGAAAAGGUGUUUGUCACUUCCUUCUACUAAUGCUGCUAGAUUGUCAAUGGCUGCAUCUACUCCUCCUGUUUCAGCUGUGGUUGUUCAUAGUGAACAACUUAAAUCUAAUAAAGAUAGUGUUCAUGCACCAGUUUCAAGAUCCUUGUCCAUGCCCGGGAGAAACAAAGUCAUUGUACGAGCUGUUUCUUUUGACGACAGCAAGAAUCACAUUUCGAACGAAGCAAGUGGCGAUCAAAUCACUCCGGUUCCCGCUGAAGAAACAGAAGAAGAAAUCCCUGAAGAAGAAGCUGUUUGCAGGAUUUGUCUUGAUGUGUGUGAAGAAGGUAACACACUGAAAAUGGAAUGCAGUUGCAAAGGUGACCUCAGACUCGUUCACGAACAUUGUGCCAUUAAGUGGUUUAGUACAAAGGGAACGCGAAUGUGCGAUGUUUGCAGACAAGAAGUCCGAAACUUACCAGUGAUUUUACUUCGUGUCCCAACAAUUAAUCAACUCACCAAUAGACGGGAACUCACUCAGCAGAGUUCGCAUCCACAAACCAUAAGUGUCGGGCAAGAGUUUGUAGUACUUGUACUCAUUAGCACCGUCUGCUACUUCUUCUUCCUUGAACAUUUACUGAUUCGUGACUUGAAGUCACAGGCAAUCUUUGUAGCAGCGCCAUUUUCAUUCACCUUUGCUCUCUUAGCCUCAACUUUUGCCGUCAUCCUCGCGAUCAGAGAAUACAUAUGGACAUACGCCGCUCUCGAGUUUGCAUUAGUGGCCUUACUUGUUCAUCUGUUAUAUGCUACACUUGAGGUGCCGGUUAUCUAUGCAAUGCUUUUCGCGGGGAUUAUGGGUUUCGGGAUGGCAAUGGGAUUAAACUUGUUGUGCAUUUGUUAUUCCUCUCAUCGUGUGCGGUUUCCGCAGAAUCCAAACUUGGUGUAAAGAAAGUGUCUUCCUUUCUUUAAUUUCUUCUAUUCUUAAAGAUAGUUGGAUAUUGAAGGGCACAUUGCUGAAUAGAUAGAUUGGUUUCACCUGAAACAUUGAGACCUGUAUAUCUUUGUAAUAGGAGACUGUAUCAUAUGACUUUGUCGUACUUUUGUAUGUGAAGAUACAUCUAAUAGAAUUUUACUUUGUACUUUUGUAUGUGAAGAUACAUUUUUUGUGAAUGAGGAGAUCAGAUUUUACUUCUU